AUGGAUUCUGAGUUCUGGACCUCCCGUCUCGCCGCCGCGAAACGCCACUAUACGUUUCAGCAUAACCAUCCAACUUCUCAUUUAGGAAUAGAUGAUUUUGAUGUUGAAGAAGAGGUGAGACCGGAUUUCCCUUGUCCCUAUUGUUAUGAAGAGUUUGACAUAGGGUCUUUGUGUUCUCAUCUUGAGGAUGAACAUUCAUGUGAAUCAAGAGUUACGAUUUGUCCUGUAUGUUCGGUUAAAGUUGCCCGCGACAUGUUGAGCCACUUAACUCUGCAACACGGAAACCUGUUUAAGAUUCAGAGAAGGCGCAGGUUAAGAAGAGUUGCUAUCCCGAACAGUCAGUCAUUGUCUCUCUUAGGUCGAGAUCUCCGGGAAGCUCAUUUACAGGUGCUUCUCAAUGGUGGAGGCGGAUACCGGUCGCACAGUAACUCAGUAUCCAAUGUGCCUGCUGAUCCGUUCCUGUCCUCUUUUAUUUUGAAUUACCCUCAAUCCGAAGCUGAAGAAAUCUCUAAAUCUGUCGUAACAAGUGCUGAAGAUUCUUCGUCUACAAAGAACACAGCAUCACCUGUACAACAUAUUUGGAAAUCAAGUUUUGAUCAAUCAUUGAGUAUCGAAGAGCGGGAGAAAAGGAUUAGGCAAGCUGCUGGGAGGUCUAGUUUUGUGCAGGAUUUGUUUCUGUCAACCUUGUUAGGAGACGAAUAA